UAAUUGAUUCAUUCUGAUUGAAUUUUUGUAUUAUUUUUACUGUUGCUGUAUUAUUUAACCACUUCAAUGUUUUUUCUCAGAUAUAUAUAUUAUAUACAUACCAUUAUAUAAACUUCGAUAAAAAAGUAUCGAAAGCGGUGUCUGUGACGACGCCAUUUUGCGCCGCAUUUCAUACAUAUUAUUAUUUUGAAUCGAGCCAGGAAUAAGUUCUCGUCUCUUUCUUUUUUAUGUUAUACACGUAUGAAGAAAAGAGUGCGGUGAGAAUAUACUAACUUUCUCCUCCGGCUUGCAGUCAUGUGUGACAGUAUACCUUGAUUGAAAUGAUGAUAUUUUUGCGUUUUUACGUUGAAACAUCUUGACCAACCUUGAAUCAUGGGAAUGGAGUUGCCAAAAACUCCGGGUUCUAGUGGUGACUCCAAUUCCAACAGCGAUUCUGAGAACAGCAGUUCAAGUGAUUCAACUGGCAGUGACUGGGAGUGCUCCAGCAACAAGCAGAGUGCUGCGCGGAAACCUCACUUCUCAGUCACCUCCUGUGACACCGGCUUGAAACUCAAAAUCGCAGCAAUUCCACCAAGAAAGGCUGCACCUAAAAAGCUAGGUGUGAAACCAUCAGUCAAAAAGAAACCUCUAGACACAAAAAAAUCUAUGAAAACUAAAGAAAAGGCUACAUUAAAGAAAAAAGGAAAAUCACAACUUUCUGAUACAACUUCAAGUUCUGAAUCAUGCAAAUGUUCAUCAGACUCAUCUAGCGAUGAUGAUAUUCCACUCAAAACUGUUUCAAAAACUUUACCACCAAAAUCAUCACCACAGAAGACAUCAGGCAAGACUUCCAAGGCUGAGAGUGAGGAAGAGAAACGAAGUGACAAAGACAGUAACAAGGAUAAACAAAGUGCAUCAAAGACUAAUAAUGUUGUGAAAAAGACUAAAAGUGAUGAUGUUAACCCAGAUGCUGCUGUUAAGAGAGGACGCGGCAGGCUGAAGACCAAGUUCCCGUCACCGGCCGCCGAAAGCGCCGCUUGCGGCAGCAGCACAUCCUCGUCGACGUCUUCAUCGUCAUCAUCGUCGUCGUCUUCAUCGUCAUCUUCAUCAUCGGAUUCUGACACCGCGGAUGCCGCAGGCGGUUCCGUGCAUGCGUCCGCUGAUGACUCCAGUGCGGCGCUGGUUGCUGCCUGUCAGCUGCAGGUCAUCGACGAUGCAGACCUCGCGGAACUAUUUCCAGAGCAGACAUCCACCGCGCCUGCGCAACAGUCCAACUUUUCUACAUUCUCUGUACACAAUGCCGCAUCUGAAAACGACGAUAAGUCGAUCGUCGACAAUGGUGACGGUUCGAGUAGUGAAAUGGAACUAACGCCUCAGCUGGUAACUGCGGCCAUACAAAGAGCGACUGCAGAUUCGUCUAGCUCAGAAAAUGAAUGCUCUAAUUCUGAACCAGGUCACCCGAGCACAACUCACUACGCUUCUACUCUGUUGCAGCAUUUCGAAGCCCAAACACAGUUAAUCAGUAGCAGCACCACACCUUUGGCAUCAAUCGGCGCUGGUGCAACGACAUCGCUAACGUGUGGCUUGAAUUCAGAUCCUAUUGAAAGUGUUGGUAUAAGCGAUUGUGUUCUAGGACAAAUCAACAACUUACCCGAAAUACCGCCCAUGAAUCCGAACUUUCUAACGGAUACUCAACAUCUAAGUCCACAACAAACAGAAGAACUAAAUCAAAUUGAUAAAGAUUUAGAAGAGAUCACUUCUGUCACAGGAGGGAUCUCUAUACCGAAUCCCAGUUUAGAUGACUGUGUCGACAACAAUGAUUUCAUGAGUUUAGAUAUAACACAGAGUGGAUCAGAAUUAGGCAAUGCUAACGAUUUAUUGAAAAGCUCACCGAUAACAGUGGUUGGAACAGAUAUGAAUCUUAGUCAUAUAGAUACUCAGAAGUUAGAUACUAUCAGUACAAAUUCUGUUGAAUCUCAAGAAGAUGUUAAAAAUGUAAUUGUAGAAUCAAGACGAAAACGUGGCAGGCCUCGGAAAGUAAAGAAAACAGAAGAAUCUCAGAAGGAAGAUAAAUCUGCCAUUAAUGUUAUCAACUUUCACAAUAAUAAUGAUCCACCGAAUGUUUCGCCGGAUUCUGGUAUUUUGUCCAGUCACAAUAAUUCCCCUUCACAUUCGCCUCUAGGACGUCAUGACGAAGAUGAAAGUCAUAAUAGAUUAGCUAGGAAAUCAAUUCAGAAAGAAAAUACGAGAGAGAGGAGACCAGUGAGAUCAAAAUCAAAAGUUAGAAAUAAAGCACAAAAUAGAUCUGACUCCAGUGAUUGUGAUUAUCAGAAGAAGAGAAUAGAAAACGAAGUGAAAAUAAUAAAAACUGAAGCACCAUCGCCAGUUCCUUUAAAACAAGAGCAAAGUAGAUAUGAAAAGACUAAACGAAGUGAACAAAAGUUAGAUAUAGCGGCCUUAGAUAGAAUGCUGUAUGCUACAGAUAAAGUUUUAUAUCCACCCAGAAAAAAAGUUGGCCGUAAGCCUCAGAGCAAAACGAAAACGGUGCCGAAAUCUACACCCAAAACUUUAAAAGACAAAAAUCAAUAUGACUCUAAUGAUAGUGAUGAAGAUUCAGUACCAUCGAAUAGGUCAGUUUUAUCAGGGGUUUAUGCAAAACGUAAAGAACUUAAUAGCAAACUUGCCAGUUUACCCAAAAAGACAAGCAAAAGUUUUACCAAUGCAUGGAGAGAUCAUCAAAGUGAAAAUGAAGCAGCUGCAGAUGAUCCUCUAGAUCCCACGUGGAAGCAAAUCGAUCUGAACCCUAAGUACAAGGAUAUAUUAUCUGGAUACAAAAGUGAUCAUGAAUUUAAACCCUACAGAAGUUGUAGCAGGGUCAUCGAAUCGGGCUAUAAGAGUGACUACGGGUGUAGAUCGGGUUAUAAAAGUGAUUUUUAUCGUUCCGGUUAUAAAACCGAUCAUAAAUCUGGGUACAAAAGCGACAAAUCAGGUUAUAAAACAGAUUAUAGCGUGAGAAGUUUACGUAGGCGCACGCGAAAAUUAAAAAAGACAAGAUCUGUUAGAGAUAGGUCAUACUACAAAAAUCAAAAACAUUUUGUCUCUGAUCAAGAAAUAUUAUUGCUGGCAAAUAAAACUUAUAGUUGCCUUAAUCUAGGGCAUAGCUCCAGCGAUUCCGAAUGUGAUACGUACCUACGAAAACCAAGUGCUAGUCCCAAAUAUAUAAGCGUAUGUACUAAAUAUCCGUUGCCCCAAAAAUAUGAUUUUGGUUUUUCGAAAAUGAAUAGAAAGCAAGUUUUGCGAGUCAAUUCGUCUGAUCCUUUUGCGCCGGGUCCAGUUUUUAGUGGUUUACAGCGGCCAGUAACUACGUAUAAUAUUUUCAAAGUGAGCCAUAAUAAUAAUAAUACACUUCUUAAAUCUCCAACAAAAACUAAUUACAUCGGAACUCCAUUGCCGGCUCUUAAACCAGUAUUUGCACACAAAUUUGGAUCAUCGCCAAUAUGUACUAUUGCCAGAGCAAAAAAGGAUAAUGAAUCAAAAAUUGAUACAUUGACGAGAAAUCUGUCGCCAAAAAGCCGCAAACAAAAGAAUAUGUAUUCAAAUUCUGCAAAAAAAGAUUCUAAUAGCAAACCACUACCAAGCAUAUUUGAAAAAGCUAAAAAUAGUUAUGUACCAAACAAAUCAUUGUUACGAAAUGUGUUUCUCAAUUUCAAAAAACCUCACAUAAAACCAUCAUUUCACGUUAGAAAACACAGAAGAACAGUUGUUCUUGCUCCACCAAAAAUUCAUUUAAAACCAAUAGAGCGACCGUCACGGAUUACCGUCAAAACGGAAAGCAAGCAUCAUAGACAUAGAAGUAAACGUAGACACCGUUCAAGAUCUGUAUCUAGAUGCCGCGAGUCAUAUACUAAAGUCAUUAAUCUUGUGGAUCAAAAAUUUUGUCAGGACAUGGACAGUUUAGUCAGCAAUUUUAUUAAACUAUGUCAAAUUGCUCCUAAAAUGAUUGCUAAUGUUACACAAAAUCCGACCAAAAGUGUGGAAAAGCCUGUCGCAGAACUGGCUCCGCCGAAAGUGGUGAAAAGGGGGUCUAAAAAACGCAAAACAUCCGAUAAUCAAGAGAUAGCUACUCCAUCAUCAAAGAGAAGACACAAAAAGCAAUUGACAGAAUCUCAAAACAAAGGAGGAAAAGAUACCAAUGAACAUAAAUUGCCCCUUAAAAAGAGGCAUUACCAUAUCAAUUCUUCCACCAGUAACUCCUUGAGUCUCAGUUUAGUUCCAACAGAAUUUGACGAAAGUUCAAAGAAUGGCACAAGUCCUGAAAAAUUCUUGUGCACUGAAACCGAUUGUUUAGGUGAAGAAUCUCAUAAAGCUAAACCAUCACAUGAUAAAGGGAAAAAAGGCAAUGAGAAUUCCAAAGCUUCUACACAGGCUAACAUUAACAAUACAGCUCAAGACAUUAAGAAUAAUGAAAUAACUAAAACUACAAAAACUAAUAUCGGUACAUCCACUGAGUCUGAUGUAAAUGCUUUGGCUAAUUUAGUUAACGAAAUUAAUACGACCGCGGGUUCAAAGAAUCAAUCUCCUGUUCUAACAACAGUGGAGGAUGAGUCGAAUUUAAAGAAUCGUAGUCUGGAACAAUCAGAAUUAUCGAAAAAGAUUAUUGAAACAUCAGAGAAGCUAAAGGCUGUAGAUAAACUGGUACAAGAUCUAGAAAAAUCGUUGCCAAAAUCUAAGGAAAAUGAUAUCAAAGCUGAAUCAGCUAAACAAGAUACUCACAAAGUUUCAUCUCCACGAUCAGAGACUAAACAAUCUCCUAUUAGAAAUCCCGCUCCAAUUGUUACACCGAAAAAGAGACAUAGACUGGAAGCGGAUAAAGCAUUAUCAAAUUCUGGCCUAGAUCAAGUGGUACAAUCAUUGUCUAAUAAAUUAUCGGAAAAUGAGCCGAAUAAUUUAGCUAAUGUAAAAGAUGUCAACCAAAAUAACAAAGAUGUUGCUGAUAGUGAGAAAUCUAACAUUGUGUCUCCAAAUAAUUUAUCGGCCAGUAGUACUAGUGCCGAUCCUUUAAAAAGUAUGUCAGCGCGUACAUUGUAUAAAAGUUCCAUACCACCCGCUCAAAAGUCCGAAAUAAUGACACGCAAGAAAAAUAGGCUCGAAGGUUUAACAAGUAAUCUUGUUUCUAAAAUUAAUCCAAGUGCAGCUACAAAGGUUUUGGAUACUUUGCUUAACAAUAAUAUACGUAAAUCUAUUGAAUCUCGAAUACUGGAAAAAGAGAAAACUGUUUCUGAUGCCAACACAAAAAUACCAGAUGACAAGAAGAAUAAAGAUAGUUCUCAAAUGAGUACUCGUGCUACUGUAAUUAAAUCGCCCGUGUCAAAAGGAAAAGUUAUCGAAACUAAAAAGGCAAAAGCGUCAGAGUCAAGUGCAGAACAAGUUCUUGUUGUGGAAAUUGAUAAACCGACAGGCAUAUUCGAACCAUCAAUUGAUAUCGAGGAUCAAAUUCCAAAAUCCUCUAUUUGUGUAAACAAUUUGCUCAAUGAAGCUAAUAAAUCAAGAGGCAAGACCAGAAGCGAUAACAAAUCUACGAAUGCCUUGUUGACCCCCAUUGACACUGAAGCCGAAAUACCACUAGCGCUUAUUUCUGAAACUCCUAAUCCCAUAAUACGUCCAAAAAGGGGAGAAUCUAUAGCAGCAGUAAUUUCUGACAAAAUACAAGAAACAACGGGUGGUCACAAUUUACGACAGCCUAAAAGAAAUAUAGCUAAUGAGAGUGACGAUACGAGCGAUAACAAAAAGAAAAAGAAAACAAAUAAUAUCAUAAGGGAAAGCAAAUUAGUUUUACCUCCCAAAAUGUUAGUUCCGAAGGUUCAAGCCGAGCGACUCCCUAUAAUGACAUCGACAAAGAAAAUUGUUACUACUGAGAAGAAACCACUCGUGAAUGAGCCCUCUGAAAACAAAACACCUGAGACAUUGAAGAAAAAAGCUCGAAGGCGUAAAGCUAUCAAUAGGACCGGCUUCCCCAGCAUAAAGAAGAAAAAGAAGAAGGUUGAACCCAAUAGCUUUAACUUAACUUCUGACAGUCAUUUUACAUCAGACACAGAUAACAACUCGGCAAACAACUCUGCAUUUGAACGAGUGCCGAAAGAUGGGGAAGCAAUGAGCAGUUUCUUAGAAAGAACUACAAAUAAAAAACCCGAGUUAAAAGUAAUUUUGAAUAAAGAGGAUUGUCCGAAGCAAGGGCGUUUAACUGUUGUUGCUCUUGAAAAAUUACAGGGUAAAGACAUUACUGCAGAUAAUAAAACAAAUAAGAAAUCAGAUAAUGUAACUGAAAAGAAAAAUAUUGGUUCCUCUAUAUUGAGGGCUCCUUCUCUACAAUUGAAAAAUAAAGCCGAAAAAGAAGUGAAGAAUCACGUAAAUAAAUGGGAGGUGCUGAGUGAGACUGAUAGUAUUCCGUCAUUAGCUAGUUCGAUUAGUAAUGACCCAGAAGAUAGUAUUCCUUUAAGUUUGUUGAAUUUGAAAUCGAGACCUGCAAGUAGAUUGGAUAAUUUGGAAAGACUGAAACGCAAAACUAGGGCUAUGUCUCCAUCUCAAGAAAUUGAGGAGAUAUUUUCAAAGCGGAAGAUUGUGGAGAGAAAUAGUAAAGUCGCUCUAAGGCCGAAGUCCAGUUUAGCAGUGCUCUGUCCUACGGAGAGAAGGCUGACUAGAAGCUCUGACAUUUCUAAUGAUGACCAGAAAAUUGUUAAAAGUAAAAAAUCUGAUAACAAGAAACCAGCUCCAGAAACUGAUGAAAAGUCAGAGAAGGCUAUGAGUAUUGUGACAAGGAGAAAGUCUAGAUCGUGUCAAGUAAAUAAGAAAAUGCGAGAAGUGCAAUCAAGUUCAAGAGAGAGUUCUUUAGACACGAUCGCUAGCCGCAGACUGCUUUCUAAAUCUCGUGAGCCUUCGAUAGACACGCUCCGCGAUCACGACGAGAACGAUCCUUUGCCGCUGAAUGAGAAAGAGAUAGACUUUGAGAAGAGUAUAGAUGUGCUAUCGAAGAGCAUUAUUUGCAAGAAGCGAGUGGCGUCGUCGCGCGAUGAUAGUCCUGCUAGCAGCGUGGACAACAGGGACAAACCUGUGGUGUCUAAGCGAAACCCGCGACUAAGGAAGAAGUUCUUGGUUGCUGGUCUAUUCUCCGACUACUAUAAAGAAGAUCCAAAACCGGAGGGCAAAGGCAAGAACCUAGUGACACAGACGGAAUUCCCGCCGGGGCUGCUGGCGCCGCCGCCGUACUGCGAGCGCUGGGUGCGGCGCCGCACGCUGCACUACACGCUGCCGCACGACAUCUGGUGGCAGCAGCACUACAACCAGCCCGUGCCCUCCUGGAACUAUAAGAAGAUUCGCACCAACGUGUAUUACGACGUGAAGCCAUCGGCCGAGGAGUGCGAGAGUGUGGCCUGCAACUGCGCGCCGACUUCCGGUUGUAACGAAGACUGCAUCAACCGGCUGGUGUACUCCGAGUGUUCGCCGCAGCUGUGUCCUUGCGGUGACAGGUGUAAGAAUCAGCGCAUUCAGCGUCACGAGUGGGCGUCUGGCUUGGAGAGGUUCAUGACGGAGAACAAGGGCUGGGGCGUCAAGACCAAACACAAGAUCACGUCUGGCGACUUCAUACUGGAGUACGUCGGCGAAGUCGUCUCUGAUAAGGAGUUUAAGGAGCGCAUGGCGACCCGUUACGCUCGGGACACGCACCACUACUGCCUGCACCUGGACGGCGGGCUGGUCAUCGACGGGCACCGCAUGGGCGGCGACGGCCGCUUCGUCAACCACUCCUGCCGCCCCAACUGCGAGAUGCAGAAGUGGACCGCCAACGGUACAUUCCGAAUGGCGUUGUUCGCACUGCGUGAUAUUGAGCCCGAUGAGGAGCUGACUUAUGAUUAUAACUUCUCGUUGUUCAACCCCGCAGUAGGCCAGCCUUGCAAAUGUGAUUCCGAAGAUUGCCGCGGCGUGAUUGGAGGAAAAUCACAACGUAUUACGAAACAACCAGUGAAGACACAAUCCCGGACUCCAUCCAAUACUUCUAAUACAUCUCAAGGCUCAAACCACCAACCACGAGUGGGCAGGCCUCGUAAAGCCGUCAAAUGUAACAAGAAAUCCGAGCAAUUGACUGUUACAGCGUGCGAUAUUAAGAAUAUGACGAUAUUGAAGUACCAGCAGCAUUUGAACAAGCUGUGGCAGGAACCGCAGAUGAAGCCGCUCACGGCUAAAGAAAGAAAUCUCGUGAAGGAGAGGCAUUGCUUCUUGUUCAGGAACUUGGAGAGUAUGCGACGCGUAAGGGAUCGUCUAUCCCUGGGACUACCAACGUCGCCGGCCGCGGCUCUGCCCCCCGCGGCGCCCGCCUGCCCCCCCUCCCCCUCCUGCCCCGCCUCCCCCGGCGGCCCCGCCUCCCCCGCCUCCGCGGUCGUCACCGUGGACCCGCUGUCGCUGCCAGACACGAUGAACUCUGAGGUGUUCCUGUCGAGGCUACAAGCGCUGCGGUCGCCGCGCCGCGCCGGUAUGAAGAUCUUGGUGGAAGACGAGGCGUCGUUAGCUACAAUGACGCAGGAUCAGCGAAGGGUCAAGGCUCUCACUGCGUUGUACACAGCUGUUGUUUCUGUCAAAGACGAUAAAGACAAGCCCCUCUGCGCGCCGCUGAUGAAGAUGAAAACCAAAUCUAUAGAAGGUCUUCCUCCGUCGCCCGACUUGUCCACCAUCGAGGGCAACAUAUCGAGUGGACACUACGACAACGUGUCGCAGUUCGACGCAGAUAUGAAUGCUAUGUUCGCUGCGGCCAUCAGGGACCAUGGCAGAUUGUCUCCAUUGGGUAUUUUGGCCAUGCAGUUGAAAAAGACUUAUAAUUCCGCCAAGUCUGAUUAUGCUGAGCAAUUGAUCAAACUGCUUGGCCCCGACGAACCUUUGCCACCUGGAUUCGUGCAGAAAUCUAAAACUGAGGAGGUGAUCCUGUGCAUCUGCGGUCUGCACGUAGAGGAGGGCGUGAUGGUGCAGUGCGGCCGCGCGGGCUGCGGUGUGUGGCAGCACGCGCGCUGCAUGCGCGUCACCGACCUCUGCGCGCCGCACUACUGCCAUCACUGCAGUCGCCGACAGGUGGACCGUGAGAUCCCUCUAGACGACUACACAGAAGAAGGUCACCAAUUCUACUUGUCCCUGAUGCGUGGGGACCUGCAAGUGCGUCAGGGCGACACUGUAUACGUGUUGAGAGAUAUCCCCAUCGAUGACAAACACCCCGAUGUUAGCCAGAAGAAUGGCGAUAAAGGGGAAUCGCCCAAGACCAAGCGCGUUGAUAGGAAGAAGGUGAAGAAUAUUACCAAGGGGAAUAAAGAGGACACUGCGCAGAAUAAGCAGGUGCGCAAGCACACGUACCAGAGCAUCGGGCCGGUGCCGGCGUCGGAGCUGGACAUCUUCCGCGUGGAGCGGCUGUGGAAGCACAAGGACACGCACGAGCGCUACGUCUACGGCCACCACUACCUGCGACCGCACGAGACCUUCCACGAGCCCACUAGGAAAUUCUUCCACAACGAAGUGAUGCGUGUUCCAUUGUAUGAAGCUGUUCCAAUUGAGCUGGUCAUGUCGCAGUGUUGGGUCUUGGAUCUCAACACUUACUGCAAGGGACGGCCGGCGGGCGCGACGCCGCCGCACGUGUACAUCUGCGAGCUGCGCGUGGACCGCAGCGCGCGGCUGUUCAGUCGCGUGUCGCGCUGCCAGCGCGCCGUCUGCACCAAGCCCUACGCCUUCGACCACUUCCCCACCAGGCUCAAGAUCUCCAGGACCUACAAGCCUCACGAGGUGCUGCCAGAAUAUCUGAAAGGCAGGGCGGCCAAGAAUGCGGCACCGUCGGAGAAGAAUAACAAACCUACCAACACAAAGGAACAGAAAAAGAAACCUCCAUUGGCUUUACCAGACACUAAGAGCGCAUCAAACGGCGUCGCAGCGUCGCGCGCGCAGAAGAAGCAGCGCGUGAACGAGAUAGCGCGCAAGCUGCUGUCCCGCUCGGGCGCGGCGGGGGCGCCGGGGGCGCUGGACGCGUCCUACCUGCUGACGCGGCGCCCGCGCGCCCGUCUCUCCUGACCCGCCGCCUGCCGCCCCGCCUGCCGCCUCGCCUGCCCCGGCUGUUAGACUCCACUGGGCCGUCACGUCUCUGUGUGUUUACGUGAUGCUUAAAUAUAACGUUCCACGGAAAAGGAGCGUAGUCGUAAUUAUAUGCAUCUAAUUUAAUUUAGUAAGGGCAACGUCUUACGGCCGAUUCGCGACAUCGGUCGAUGUUUAUUUUGAUACAAAAUAAAUAUUUUUAAACACUCCUCGCAGAGUCCGUCACUCUCGCUCCGCUGUU